UGUACAUGAUAGUCAUAAUCUAUUACUUGGAGUAUAAAAAAUUGAGUUAAAACAUUGUCAAGAUCAAACUUAAUUCGACUAUAAAAUGUUAAUUUCAAAAUAAUGUGACUCUUAACUCGAUUUCAGUAUUAUAGAUAGCCAGAAAGCGUCACGGCGACUACUUUACAACGACGGACGAGCACGAACACCCGUAAUUGUUGAUUGAUUGAUCUAAUAUUAAUUGUGUUGUUGUGUUGCAGACGGGGUUAAUUCUUGGCGAAACACUUCUGGGGAAAUAUGACUUCAUGAAAUACAACGUAUACCCUAUAGAGAGCCAUGUCACACUCCGAACCUUAGCAGUGAUCAGCAUCAAUAUCUUUAUGUUUCUAGCGGCAGUAAAGAUGGAUGUUGGGAUGGCACUUACGACAGGAAAAAAGGCUAUGUCAAUUGGUGUUUUAUGUGCACUAACUCCAUAUAUAUGUGGGGCAAUUUACGCAAUCACCCAAAAACAUAAUAUUUUUGAAAACUAUAGGGAGUUAGCUGUAUUCUUAGAAGUCGUACAGAUUCAAUCAAUCACUCCCUUUCCUGUUGUUUCCUACACAAUAGACCAACUCAAAAUAACGAAUUCCGAACUCGGACGUCUUGGACUUUCGGCGGCUUUAGUUGCGGAUGUGUACUCUAUCAUAAUAGCAUUAAUUUCAUCAUUCUACAAGGGAGGCAGUAAGAGAUACUUCAUAGCAUUUGCCAGCUUUCUUUUACUGGCAGCAUUUAUCAUAAGACCAAUGAUGCUUUGGGUGAGUCGACGGACUCCGACGGGAACUCCGGUUAGAAGUGCAUACAUUAGCAUCAUCCUCGUGUUAGCAUUCUUGUCCGGCCUGUUUUCCUUUGAGUUUCAUGAGGGACCGUACGUUGGUCCCUUUAUUCUGGGUUUCACGGUACCAGCAGGACCUCCAUUAGGAUCUUCUUUAGUAGAAAAGUUCGAAACUGUUUCUUUCGGGUUUCUUCUUCCAAUCCUAACUGCUAUAUCGAUGUUGAAUGUCGAUUUGUUCUUGAUCUCGUCGGAAUUUACCAAGAUACAUCUUUACCUGGCUGUUAUAGUCAUACUUUUUGCUGUCAAGUUGAUUGCGUGUUUCAUCCCUUCGUUGUUCUGCAAGCUGCCGAUAAUUGAUUCGGUGGCGCUCGCUUUCAUUUUGAGCUGCAAAGGUGUGAUUGAGCUAACAGCAACUGCUGUUCUCAACGACAAAGAGAUUGUCAGUCAAGAGCUUCUGUCCCUUAUUGCUUUAUUCAUCCUCUUUAGCUCAGUCUUCUUCCCAGUUCUUGUCAAAUAUCUCUAUGACCCGUCACGGAAAUAUGCAGGGUAUGAAGAGAGGAACAUUUCCUGUUUAAAGCCUCAAUCUGAGCUCCGAAUUGUCACGUGCAUUAGAAAACCCGACGACAUAACUUCUGUCAAGAAAUUUCUUAGAUCUACGUAUCCUACAAAAGAAAGCCCUAUCGCAGUUUAUGUCCUUCACCUCAUCGAGCUAAUGGGUCGAACAACCCCGAUUUUCAUAACUCACCGAAAGCAAAAACCAGGUUCGAACCACAUUUCUGAAAAUGUCAUCAUGUCUUUUGAUAACUACCAGCAGUAUAAUUGGGAUGCAGUAUCCGUAGAUACCUUCACAGCAAUAUCUCCACCUAAGUUCAUGCACGAAGACAUAUGCACACUCGCUCUCGAUAAACUCACAUCCCUUAUAUUAAUCCCGUUCCAUCCAAAGUUCACAAUUCAUGAAGCUGCAGGGUCUGAAAAUCUCCUCAGAGUUAGGAACCUUACGCGCAGAGUCCUCGACAGAACCCCUUGCUCUGUCGGGAUAUUCUUUGAUCGCAGCAAAUGUAAUCACCAACACAUCAAAGCAUCAACAAACUCAUUUCAAGCCUUGUGUGUGAUCUUUUUGGGAGGCAGCGAUGAUCGAGAGGCCUUGGCCUUAGCAAGGCGCAUGGCCAAGAACUCGAUAGCAAGUCUAACAGUCGUCCAUUUGAUAUCCAACACAGAGGAGGAUGAUACUGCUGACUGGGAAGAAAAAAUCCUGAAUGCUGAUUUGAUUGAAGAUGUUAUUGAUGAUGUUAAGCAAAGUAACAUUGAUAACAAAGAAUCAAUUGUCACAUACAAAGAGCAUAAAGUGAACGACGGACCAGAUACCGCAUUGUUAGUUCAUACAUUAGCGAAUGACUACGAUCUUUUUCUAGUCGGAAGACGAGACGGAAUUGAAUCUCCUCAAACAAGGGGGCUAUCUCAAUGGAGUGAACUUCCAGAAUUGGGUAUUUUGGGCGACUUUCUUGUUUCAAAUGAUCUUCAUAGUGAAGCUUCAGUUUUAGUUGUGCAGAAACAAAAACAAAAGAAAUACUUAGAAUAGAAUAAACUAGAAUGAAUUCAGUGAUGUUGAAAUUGUAGCUCCCACUGUGAGAUUGUGAAUUCCAGUCCCAGUCCGAGUCUGAUUAACCGUUAAAAUUUAUUGCGGUUACCGAACUAUAACGCAAUUUCCGAGGUUACUAUCGCAA